CGGAACCCUGCCCUAGCCCUACCCAGACACAGUCCACUACCCUCCGUCUUCUCUGUAGCUUCUCUUCGUCGUUGCUAAUCGAACAUGGCUUCCCUCAUCUUCAACAGGAAGUACAAGUUGGCCACCAGCGAUAAGUUCGAAGAAUACAUGAAGGCUUUGGGCGUUGGACUCAUGACUCGCAAGAUGGGAAACACAGUGAGUCCCGUGAUUGAGUUAACCGAGAACUCUGGAGAGUACACACUCACAUCUAAUUCCACCUUCAAGAAUACGGCCAUCAAGUUCCGUCUGGGGGAGGAGUUUGAGGAAGAAACUCCCGACGGCAGGAAAGUCAAAAGUAUCAUCACCCAGGAUGGCAACAAGCUGAUCCACAUCCAGAAAGGAGCCAAAGAGUCAAAGAUCAUCAGAGAGUUCACCAACGAUGAAGUCAAAAUGCUCCUGACUGUCGAUGACAUAACUUGUACAAGAGUCUACAAAGCAGUUCAGUAAUCUGGCCUUCUCUCCUAAUCUCAACUAUUUACAUGUACAUUUACAUGUAUUCUAAAGACUUUUUAUAUUUUCAUAUUACUAGAUAAGUAGUUUUGAAUGUUUUUCCAGUUAAGCUAUCCUACCAUACGUCCUAUAUUUUAGCCUUAAGAUUAUAUAUAAGUCAUUGUUGUCUCAAAGAUAAAAGUGCUUUAAUUUUAAAUUAAAGAACAGACAUGAUGAAUCUGUAUAAUGACAAAACUAUGAAUUUGCCAAAAAAUCUAUUGAGUUCAAAAUGUUUCUACUUGUUUCUUGAAAUAAAAUUCGCUUAAACCAUU